GCCAUCCUGCAGCUGGACAGCCCCAAAUCCGCACGUUCCAUGCACAGUUUCCUGCAGCAAUAUCCAUAUUCCAUAGGAGAACACACCCUCACCUGCUCCUUGUCCUCCCAUGGAGACAUUCCUGAGGCUGAAACCGGGAAAAAGGAAGUGAAGAGAGAGGAUGGGAGCAAAGGAAGCUCUGGCUUGAAAAAAAUCCCAGAGGGAUCAGGAACGGUGCAAACACCAGCUGGGAAUCCAUCGGGAGAGGCCAAGAAAGGCCAAAUUCCCACCCCAAAUGUCCCGGAGGAGAUUCCAGCGGGACAGCUGGAGAUUCCCGAGCCGCAGACGGGAGGAGCAGCCGGGGAAUCGCCCACAGGGAUGGACGUGGAGGGGUUGGAUCCUGGAAUUCCCGUGGAUCCUGCUGGCAGCGAAUCGCCCGCAGCGGGGUCGGAGGAGAAACCGGCGCCGCUUUGCGGAGAGGGCACGGACAAAUCUCGGGAUGGGCCAGAGCUGGAAAUCAUCCCAAAGGAGGAUGAGGAGCCCUCUGCUCCUGCUGAGGAACCAAUGGGAUCACCCAGCAGGGCCGGGGNUUUUCCCUCAGGAGCUUUUCCCAGCAUGGCGACCUCGCCCCCGGACGGGCAAAGUCCGCGGGACCGGGANAAGGCCAACCCCGGGGAGGGCGCGGCCUCCCAGGUGCCCGACGAUCCCAACGCCUUGGUGACCGUGGACGAAAUCCAGGAGGACAACGAGGACAACCCUCUGGUGACUCUGGAUGAGGUCAACGAGGACGAGGAUGAUUUCCUGGCCGACUUCAAUCACCUCAAAGAGGAACUGAACUUUGUUACGGUCGACGAAGUCGGCGAUGAAGAGGAAGAAAGCACUUUCCCAGGGAAGAACCCGCCCGAGGAUGAAGAUGACGAAGAUAUUGUUGCUGUUGCAGGACCAGAAGAAAUGGGAAUUCUAGGAGAUACAAAUCCAGAGGAUGAAAUGGCUGAAAUCUCCAAGCCAAAAGCAGCUCAGCUGGGAUCAGAAGAUGCAGAACCAAAGCCUCAGCAGAAGAAAACGACUUUUCCAGGUGUCCCCAAGACGCAGAGCACUCCCAAAGGUAAAUCCAAAGGAAUCCCCUGAAAUGCUCCAGGUUUUCUUGGCUGGAAGAUUCUUUCCUGCCCGUUUGAAAACUCCUCCUGUGCCUCACCACCACAGAGAACCUCAGAGCCAGGGCCCAGAAUCCAUGGUUUUUCUUGGCUCCUCCAAAUCCAUGUUUAACUAGUUGGUUAAAAUCAGAAGCCUCACAUGGAAAGUUUUUUUUCCGGAAAUUUCCAAAUCCAGGUGGAAUUACUGAUUAUUAGCGGGGUGCAGUGUGGUGUCUCCUGAGGGUUCCCAUCCUGUGGCGAGUUUUAUUCCCAACAUUCCGUGUCUGGAAAGGAGGAGAUUGCUGCCAGGGCUGUGAAAUGAGGAUGUAGGGAAAUACUGAAUUCCAUGGGGUCGGGAAUUGUUUCAGCUUCCUUGGGGUCAGGAAUUGUUCCAGCUUCCUUGGGGUCAGUCCUUCAGGAGCUGCUCCAACAUGAGUCACUUCCACGGAGUCUUUCCUUCAGGAGCUGCUCUGUUGUGGGUCA